UAGUCUUCGUGGUCUCGUCUUUGAUUGUAAGUUUACAGCCCUGAAAUAACUGUCGAUCGCACCACCGCCUUGACAAUGGCCGGAGACGGAGAUACUUGUUCCGUCCAGCCAACCGAAGGAGGGCUCAUCAUAUCUAAAACAGAUGCGAUCCACGCUUUUCUCAUAUCUGCCGCCGUCGAUCCAACCUUCCAUCACGACAUCCGUCAAAUAGCCUCCACUUCCUCUCUUCAUCUUUCCAUACCUUACAAGUCUCUUCGCUCAAUCUGGCUUUUAUCCAACCCCUCUACUCGACCCGACCUUGCUCUGCUUCUCUCAGGUUCAACAUUUCUUCUCAACAGCCCCAAACCAAGGGAGAAGAGUGAGGAACUCAAGGCAAGACUAAAGAAGCUAACUGAUGUGGCUGAGAGGAGAGAGUAUGCAGAGCUUGUUAAGGAUAUUGCCCCGAAGAAAAGCACUAAUGAGCCAUUUUCUUCCUAUAAAGAUCAACUGGGAUUUGGACUUCAUGUUCUUGUAGUAAUGUUCACAGGCUAUUUGGUUGGUUAUGCAGCGUUCCGAGCAUUGUUUAGCCAUAAUCCUGUUAUGAACACAGCUGGGGGAAUCCUUGGAUUGGUUGGUGGAAUGCUUGUGGAAACACUUCUUUUCAUCAUAAGAACAAAUGACAAUAUUACAUCUUCAGCUUCUUCUGUAUCCAAAUUUAAGAAGGAUCAAUAGGUUUGAGGUCAGUUUUUCCUUUAUAGUGUACUAAUUUCUUUAUAAAUGGGUUCAUUGACACCACACUUUAAAAAGUUCAAUGUAUUAAUAAAAUCUGAACCCACAAUCUUUUCAGAUUGAUUUGAAUGCUCACUAUAAUUGAUAUUAUGUUUCUUUUUCUCA